UGCCGACGGUCGUCUGUGUGCUUCUCAGUCUGUUCUGGACAAAGUCUCUGUCUGGAUGUCACUGCCUGUUCUUUUAUUUUUUGUUCGUUUUGGGAUUAUAUUCAUCUGAUGCUUUUCUAUUCCAGUUCGAUGUUUAGAAAUGGGUAAACUGCACUCCAAACAUGCUGCGAUUUGUAAACCGAGGGAGAGCCCAGAAGGUGACAGUUUUGUAGUCAAUGCCUGUUUGGUCAAAAAGGGGCUUGACGACUGGCUGGUCAAACAGAAGUACUACUGCACGAGCGCUCGCCUCGCGCCACCGGAUUGUCAGCGCGAGAACAACUGCGCUUUGACCGCGCGGGAAACGUCGGAUGAAGCUUGUGCUGAGGGGAUUGGUGAUGAACACUACCGUUUAGAAGUGGCUUUACCCCCAGAGAAGACAGACAGCUGCUGUGCAGAGCAGAAGAUUCAGGAGAGGGACAGCCAAUCUCCCGCAGGGGCACAGAAACAGCUACAGUUUGAAGAGCUGGAGUGUGCUGUGUCUGUGGAGGAGGACAACAGACAGGAGUGGACCUUCACCCUGUAUGAUUUUGAUAACAAUGGCAAAGUCACCAGAGAGGACAUCACCAGCCUGCUCCACACUAUCUAUGAAGUGGUGGAUGCAUCCGUCAACCAUUCUCCUGGCAGCAGCAAGACACUGCGGGUCAAACUCUCAGUGGCACCUGAUUCCACCCAGCGGUGGAGGAGUUGUACACAGGGUAUGACAGACAUAUCCCACACCAGAGACAAAAGUGAGAAGUGCACAGAAGACACCAAGGGUGCAGACAAGAAGACCCGAGCACUCCUACGGCGCCACCACAGUGACCACCACACCCAGUUGGGCUGCCAGCGCCACUGUGUGGAUGAGAACCUGGAACGCAGGAACCACUACUUGGACCUGGCAGGCAUUGAAAAUUACACAUCCCGCUUUGGAGCCGCCUCCAUCAUGGAGCCAACAAAGUCACAGCCUCAGGCCCAUUCAACCAACCAGUCUCGUUCACGGUCACAGGAGCCAGAAAAUGGCCAUGUUUUCCAUCACCGUCGCUUAGAAACUAUUGUGGACACUGCUGCUGUAGAUAACCUCCAUCCUGCCCGGAUACGGGGCCAAGACUCAGGGAAACAUGCAUUCCGUUCUCCCAAGUCACACAGCUGCAUGCCUCCCACACAGAUCAAUGGGAAGGUGACACGGAGCAGAGGUGUCCCCCCUCCCCCAGCCCUCCUCGGCCAGACACCCCCUCACCAGUCCACAGCCCCAUACCGCAAGCACAAGCAGCGGUCUAAGGAGAGCCAAGGCUACCGGGUGUUAAACUCUCUGGUAGCCCCCGGCCCAGUGUUGGAGAAGGAGCAAGUGAGGGACCUGCCCAGUGUGCUGCUCUAUGAGGGGGGACUGGCACAUUUAGUCCAGCGGCAUGAGCACCACCAUCACCACGAACACCAUCACCACUACCACCACUUUUACCAAUCAUGAAUGUCCAGUUCAUCACUCGUUCAACUGUUCUUACCAUCAGGCCACCAGACUCUGACUGAAGUUAGCGUCCUCCUCAAAUACCAGGUGGCCUGUAGAGUCUUGCAGAUACUGCCUCUGAAGUGGGUAUAGGACAUAGUGAAGAGGCUCAUGGGAGGGAAGUCCACUGCUGAGGUCUUACGAAGAGAAAACUGAGAAUGCAGCAGGAAAAUGAUUCAGGGCCCCAGUAGGAUCAGGACUGUGGCUCAAGGAUGGGGACAAAGAGGGCACAUUUAAACAAUCUAAAGGUUCCUCUCUUCUGGUCUUGUGUCCUACUGUCUCCAAUCCAGCACCACAACCCUUCAAGACCACUAAGCCCCAACGUUUAUGAGGAGGACAUGGGACAGCAGAAAGAAAGACCAUCACGUAAAGAUGAAGAUAUAUGAAGGAAUAUUGGACAUCAAAGCAGAGAUUUUUUGUGUUUGUUUGUGUGUGUGUGUGUGUGUGUGUGUGUGUGUGUGUGUGUGUGUGUGUGUGUGUGUGUGUGUGUGUGUGUGUGUGUGUGUGUGUGUGUGUGUGUGUGUGUGUGUGUGUGUGUGUGUGUGUCACGACACUGGUGUCUGUUGAAAACCACUUGAAGGGCACUCUUGAGUGCGUGAGCCAUCAGGAAAAGGUUGGAAGAUGAAGUUUGGCUAAAGCAGGCACUCCCGUUCCCCCACCCCCACCAAAAUUGGGAAGGAUGUAUUGAAAUGUGGAAGUGAAGAGAAUUAAGAUCCCAAAUCUGCUGCUACCUCAAAUUUUAUCCUGUUAUACUGUAUAUGUGACUUUAAUUAGGCAUUGAAAAGUUAUUGUCAGAUUACUUUUAAUCCUUUGAAAGUAAUCACGUCACAUUUUGCAGUACUGAAGUGUUAAGCUCCUUUUAAUAACUAAUAUUUACUGUACAUAAGGUAUGUAUUGUUAUCAAUUUAUAAGCUUUAUUGUUAAUGUGACAUCUUUGUGUUACUUGUAAAACUGUUUCCUUCACAACUUUAUUUUGUACAACCAGAAGAAUCCUUGUUUUGAUUCAUCUACAUGCAGCUGUAUUUGCGUAACAUAUUCUGUCUCUUUCACUUACUCAUGCUCCGUUUGACAUUUUGGACAACUGCACGUGUGAUUAGAUCAGUUGUGAAUUGGUUAUAAGGCUGAAUGACUGAAAUUCCAACUCUCACCAGUGCUGUUGAGGAGCCCAUUAAAAGACAAGUUUGAUUUUUCGUAAACGAUGAUAUACACUGAGCAAAUUUCCAACAUAUGUUCUGUGACAUACUGAUGUUGGACAGGGAUUCCUUAUGUAUUGAGAGAGGUGUUUGUGCCAAGAAAUUACCCCUGCAGUGUGUUACGAGUGUGUGAUGCACACCCCUAACACGUGUAAGACACAACACGCAGCAGCUGACUGGUAAUGUCUCAGUGACUAGGAGGUGGAUACUAAAGGGAUGAUGGAAAUUAGGAGCAGGCGUGUUUGAAUUUAUGUGUACACUGAAACAUAUGCGUGAAGUUUACUAAAAAAACAACAACAAUGACCUCGGUAACAAUUUCCACACAUGAAUUGUAAGUAAAUUUAAGUGGAUAUAUUCUCUUGUUUUUGCCAGUAAAUGUUACUCACUUUUCAUUAUUAAAAUCUACUUCAAAAGUGUGUUACAUCUAAUUAAUUUUCGGAAAGUGUCUCAUUAUCCUGCAAAGGUUCUCAAAUUCUUGUUCAGUGAUGCAUCAUAUCCACUCACCCCAGGAACAUUAACAGUCUCUCAUCCCUUGCUCAAGGAAAUUUAAGUGCACAAGCGGGAAACAAAUGAUCAACCCUUCCUUUAAUGGGUAGCCAGCUUGACCAACUGAGCCACAGUCAUGUCACACUGAGCAAAAUGAGAAACUCUUGCAACUCGAAACUCUUGCAAAGCUCUUGGGAAUGUGUACCUAAUGUGACCCAUGAACUGAAGAGUUGCUGGGUCAAAUCCUGUUUGUGUACAUAUUGUUCAUCACUAAAAAGGAGGUGAGACAUGACAUUUGUUCUAAGACGAGAAACCACAUGAAAAAAAACUUUAUUAUGUUUGGAACAAUUUUAAAGCAGGUUUUAUUAAUGACAAGUGAGUAACAUUUACGGCACGUACAAAAGGCGGUGGUGGCUUAGUGGUUAGCACUAAUCCCUCACAGCAAGAAAGUCAUGGGAUCACUUCCCGCCCUCCCUGUGUGGGUUUCCUCCGGACACUCCGGUUUCCUCCCACUAUCAAAAACAUGCAUAUUUAAGGUCUGCUACUUUCUCUACCCCUGACCAAGGCAGCGUCUCCACAUCUAGAGCUUGUCCCCCAGUGCCGGACUGUGGCUGCCCACUGCUCAUAGUGGUUGGAUUGUGUCUAACUGUAAUUAGGAUGGAUUAAAUACAGAGGACAAAUUUUGUUGUAUAUAUGUACAGUGACAAUAAAGGCUAUAUUAUUAUUAUUAUUAUAUAACAAGUACAGUACAAAAUAGCUAUUUCAGGUUGCCACAGCAAAUCUGAUAUAGAUCUGCAUAUUUUGGCACCAGUUUUAUGCCGGAUGCCCUUCCUGAGGUAACUCCACAUUCCAUACUUAAUGGGUAUAGGAUCUUGAAUCAGGAACCUUCUUGGUUCAAGACCUGCCUAGAAGGUCUAUCAAAAAUACCUGAGCUACUGGUAGAUCAAUGGAUAAGCAGCUGGCCUGUUAAUCUGUAGGCCUGGGUUUGAAUCCCUCUCAUGGUACUUGUCUGUGUCCUUGGAUAAAACACAAUCUGCAUUGUCUCAGUUUAUCCAGCUGUAAACAUGGACACUGGCCUUGGCUGGUAAAGUAAAUGUGAAGCAUCAAUACAAAGCACACUGAGGAUCUGCUACAUCAAGGAGCGCUAUAGAAAUGCAGUCCUGUUUUGGAAGCAGGUCUACUAACUUUCAUUGACAUAGAAUUUCUCUGUGGAAAUUAAGCUUUUUUUAAAAGUAAAUUUCAUUCCUUUUUUUUUUCUUCUUUUUAGUGAAGCGUGUCUGCCACCUGCUGGUUAUUUCUAAUGGAAAUUAGUAGCAGAUAUAGUGGAAGUUGAAUACUGCUUGAAAUGAGCUUGCUUCGUUUGUUUCCAAAGGUCUGGUGACCAUCAAGUCCGCUUCUGCUUGUUUUAAUGUAUGUUCACAAUGUCAGUCGACACUGUUUUGGACGUUUGCAUCAAUUGGUCGCCAUAUUCUGCUUUGCACUCAUCUUCUACGUUAGAUUCAUUAGAGGCUGGGUUGUCGUGAAAUGAUGCCCUUAAGGAAAAUUUUUAUUUUUAGUUGUUCGUGCGGUGAAAUACUUUGCUGAUCAUGCAUGUAGUUUCUCCACCAGCAGCCUCCCUCACAUUCAUGGAGUUGUAACUAUUCCCACAGCUGCAGCACUGUGUGUGUGUGUGUGUGUGUGUGUGUGUGUGUGUGUGUGUGUGUGUGUGUGUGUGUGUGUGUGUGUGUGUGUGUGUGUGUGUGUGUGUGUGUGUGUGUGUGUGUGUGUGUGUACAGCAACGGUUUGGGGCAGCAGAGGUCCAGCAGCUUUGUUGUUCAACUUUUAGUCUGUCUAGCCCAUCACAUACCUUCCUCCUGCCCCCCAAAACUCCACCCAACCCCAGUUGUCAGUAGGUCUUUCACCGUGUCGUCAUGUGUCCUCUGAGUUUGUCCAGCGGGGCUGUGUUUGUGGUAUGGCGGCUCCUUUCAGCUGUCUCAUACCUCCGGUGCUGGAUAACAGUCUCCUCUGCACUCAUAACUCUCCCCUGCUGCUCUCCUGCCAGCACCUGCCACAUAGGAUUGUUCAUGUAUCCUGUCCCAUGAUGCUCUACAGCACCCCCCCCCCCCCCCAACACACACACACACACACACACGCACACACACAGUAAGAGGCUAGAAUUUAUUUGCCUGCAUUUUCUACCAGUAUUGAAUUAGACUUUAGAUCCCCAGAAUUUUUUUUCUCUACAUUGACACACAAAAACCCUUCACUAUGUGGAACCAAGCUGAUUUAUGUGCCUUGCUCAAGGGGAACCUCCUCAGUAUGUUGAUUGUGUGGCUUAAUCCCCAUGACCAUUAGCAACCCCCCAGACACCAAAAGAACUCAUAAAAUCCACUCUGAUUGGUCCUGCUGUACGUCAGUUGGUUAGGAACACGGGGGCGUUGUGGUGUUGCACUCACAGCUGUAGCCUGUCCAUUAACACAGGUACGAGUCAGACGGGUGAUCUCAUGGGAACCACUCCAAAGGGAUCACGGAUCCUCAGACCCCAACAUGUACCACAUACCUCACCCACCACAGCGCACAUAAAGUGUGCCACUGCUGGCUGCUGACUAAUAUCGCUGGAGCAGUUAGCGGUGACUUGUUUUGCUCAGUGGCUUCUCAACAGUACUGGCUGAGGGGUUGGAAAGUAGUAUUUAUUCCAUUUUCCUGAUAGACUUUCAAAUGUGCAUGGGAGUAAGCUAUUUCAGAUCUUUUAUAAGCACAUUUCUCUUAAUGUUGAGGCUACCGCUCCAUCCUGUAGCUCCUCUUUGAUCCAUUUUUAAAAAAUGUAAUUAUUAUUAGAAUAAAGGGGGGAGUUUUUUAAACAGCAUGAAUCCAUUCUUUGAGAGGAAAAAGUCAUUUUGUCAGCCAAGUUCUCUGCUAUCCCAAAUUCACCAAAACCUCUUUCUUUUGUCCAAACACAUUCGUCUUUUACUUAAUUAUUUCAACUUUCCUGUCGUAUAGAACUUUCUGUAGAUCCUGUGUCAUCGGCUGGAUUGGAGUUUUAGUAUUGUGAGCUGCUGCUGCUCAUGUUCUUAUGUAUUACACCACUACUUUGCUUUUUAAUGACCACAUAUCAACAUCUGUAAUUUUUCAUGUAUAUAGAAGUACAGAAAGGUUAAACCAGUAUCAUGUAGAAAGAUCAUAAGGCUUAUUUAUAAUUAAAUGACUGUCAUGUUAGCUCACUUACCAACGUCAGCUAAUAAUGUUUUCCAUGCUGGACUCACAUUUCUUUCUGAAUACACAUUUCCACAUGGUGUUUGUUGCAUACCAAAUCUCUUUAACAUUAGCUCUUUGUCCCCCCCCUUAAUGGUUUUGCAUAGCUUUUAGUUAUAGCUUGUAUUUGAUUAAUUGCUUUAUUUAUUUGAUAGCAGAACUGUGCCAAGAGAAAAAGCUCUUUUAUUAAAGGAUGAACUUGUUCCUUACGCA